UUUCCAACAUGGCGGCCGCCAUGCAUGUUUGAAAAUCUGAAAUGAAGAGAAAUUAUAUUCUAAAGUAGAACCGCAGGCAGAAGAGUGAAACAACAUGGCUGACAGCUGGGAAGAAUUGUUUCACAAGAACCGGUUGAUUCCCCCGUCCAGCCAAACAGUCCGCCUGGCUGUGGAGAACCACCUCACCGCUAACCAUGGCUUUCAGCUCAGCUUCAGCCGGCUUACCGUAGCGCAUCUCCCGCAGGAUCUGUCAGCUGGGGAAGGUGUGGCCUACCAGCUGCAAGUGACCCUUUUUGAUAGAAAACUCCAGCACUUUUUUGGAAAAACAUGGAAGAGCUCAUCCCAAAAGAUGAAAAGCAACAAGAUUUCCUUCAACGAGGUUUUGUACCUGCAUACGUCCUUGCUGUUGCCCAGCACUCUGGUCGUUGUGGAGCUGGUGUCGCUGUCAACCAAACCAGACGGCUCCUGUCUCUCUCUGGGGAGAGGCUUCUGCAUUCUGGAGCUUUCUACCAACAGACCAGAGGGUCUAGGUACUAAUGGAGACAGAAGGCUGAAUCUACACCGCGGAUCACCACGAGGCCUCCUCCACCCCUCGCUGAAGGACUCAGUUGACUAUGGCAGCCUACUGAAGGUAAUUGAUGGUGCACAUUUGGACUGUGUGAUGAAAACACAUCCUUCACUGAAUUCUGCAGUGCAUCUGCUUCCUGAGCAUGCUCUUGUGUCUGGAGAGGACAACAUACCUGGGCUCAUUCCUUCUCCAACAGGAGAUGCUUUGCUGAGGCCUCAGCUGCUGAAGAUGACGCCCUUCACCCUGGAUAAACUGACCAUUUCCCUCCAGCCUUCCCUGGAGAAGUUUGAGAGCCUUCUGUUGCAGCUCAUCAAUGCUGACUGCCAAAACACAAAACAACCUGAACCAGAGGAAGCACAAAGAACAGUUGUCAUUCAAGAACGGAGGCUUCAUGUCGGUGUGCACAAUGGCUGGUGUUUCCUUGAUAAGCCCCAAGUGGUGGUCCUGGAGCCCAUUGCGUCAGGAGUCAGAGGACAAACAGACAGCACCUCUAAGAAGAGCACGCUGCUCAAGGACAGCUUUGCAACAUCAUCACGUCCUCAGAUGCUGGGCCUUCGCAGCAGCUUGGAGAUCAAAAUGGCCAACAAUCAGGCUUUGGCAAUCGUCUUUCAGCUAGAGUACGUCUUCUCCGCUCCUAUUGGCCGAGAGACUAUGCUGUCUGCUACCUCCACAUCCCGAGCUGCCUUCUUGCAGUGCCUUCGUUGGGGGUUUUGGUGUCCCUUCCAGGAACUAGCUCACUGGAAAGGCAAAGAGGUGCAGCUUGUUCUGCAAGGAGGUGCAAAGCCGAAUCCUCUCGGAGUGAUGGUCUACAGCACAGAGGCGUCUGUCCAGACUCACAGCCCUGCUGCAGUCUCAGCACAGGAACACUCGGAGGCAAAGGAUGUGAUAAGAUUUUGGCUGUUUCCCAGCUUGGAAAAGAAGCCAUCCACCCCUAGGGUAUCUCUGAGGACUAAGCAGGAGGAUGUGCCACGUCAGAGAUCAACACCUUCACCAAGUCGAAAACAGGUCACUCCCAUCUCUCCUCCUGAAUCCCCUCGAGGCCCCGGGCUCUCUCUGUCUCAGCUGGCAGCUACUUCACGCCACCCGACCAUCAGCCACUCCAGCUCGGCGUUACCGUGGCAACAGUCAUUUCCUUCUCUGCUCAAUCCUUCCCCAUUGGCAUCAGCCCACCAGCUGUCACAUGUCGCCUGCUUGGCUGUCAGCAACAUCACCCACCUAGAGAUGGACCUUCAGCGGGAAGGCGGCAAAAUAACCUCCACGGACGAAGAAGGGGAUCAUCUUCAAGAGCUGCCCUUCACCCCUAUCCAUGCUCCUGUCAUUACUCUGGGAGUGAAUGUGCCGAGCUCCUGCUCAGUCAGCUCCAGGAGCUCUCUGGCACACCUUUUCUCUGCCGGCUUUCCUGAAAUCCUUGACUGCAGCGGGCAGGUGGCAGAAGUCCUGGACCCAACUGAACCUAUGCCCUUCGAUCCUCAGCGGGAGGAGGCUGACCUUUUACAGGGAAACCUGCUGGUGUUUGAGUUUCUGGCAUUUACCAGAAUACCAGGAGCAGGAGUUGAAGGCGACUGGCCUCGCAAUGUCUAUGUUACCUUCCAGUUUUAUCGCUUUCCACCUGUCACCUCACAGCAACUUAAGCUGUUGACCAGCGAUAAGGUUCGACCCAAAGCUAAUGAGGCACUUCCUUGUGUCUUAGCCACUAUCAACAAAGACGGAUCUGUUAAUGCUGGUUCUCCAGGCCUGCAGAUUCAGUUCAGAGUUGAUGACGAUUUCUUGAGGCCAAGAGAAAAGCGCUGGUUCCUCCGCCACCUGGCCCUCCAUACCAUGCACAUCGAUGUUUGGGACAGUGAGUCAUUGCUCCUCAUUGGUUCUACCGCAAUAGAGCUCAAGUAUUUGCUGCGUCAGGGAAAGCCCGCCGUCCAGGCUCUGCACGAGUUGGAGAUCCUGACCACAGAGUAUGUGGAAGAGGACACUUUACUGCCUGACGCAGAUCAGCAUCUGCGUUCAACAUCCACCGCGAUGACAGUUUACACCAUUGUCAGAGGACGGCUCCACAUACGAACGGGCUGCAUAGGAUGUCCAGCUGACCCUAGCAGGAAGAGAGCAGCGGACGGGAUAUCAUCUUACUCUCACAUCAUCAGGCCUCGUGAAGUCACCACCGGCUUUAAAGGAGGAAGCCUGUCAACCCGAAACAUCCUUCAACUUAACGCAAGGAACACGGUGCACGAACACAGGCUGGAUGGAGAUCCGGUGCUGUUGAACAGAAACAGAAUCGGUGCUCGGGACAUCAUCCCUGACGUACAAAACCUGAACACCGACAGCAGGCGGCGAAAGCUGGACUGCAUGGCUGCAGUGCAUCGACUAGAGGCUAAAGAGAACCCAAAAGCAGCUGAUGUUAUGGGUUUAAAUCCAGCAACUCGGUUGAUCAGAGACCAUCAACCCAGCGACGAGUACAGCAAGGCAGAGGGAAUUGCGAACAUGCUGAGCCAGGCCAUCACCACACAGCACCUUCUCUAUGCCAGCCUGGGCUCUGCUGAAUACAUGGAGUUUGUCCUGAAGAAUCCCUUUAACGUGCCUCAGACCGUCACCAUUCACAGCGACGACUCUGAGCUCAGUGUCAUCACUGACACUGAGGAGUGGCGGUACUUCAAAGCAAUAACGAAAACCUCGACCCCGGUGGAGGAGAACAUGUUUCACGUGGAAGAAGCAGCUCCUGGUCCCAGGGUUUAUCUCCGGCCGAAAGAAAGUGUCCACAUUCCCCUGAAGUACCAGAGCUUCCUGUGCAACCACACCAUAUCUGUCCAGGGACCAAGCUUUCUGCCUACAGGCAAAGGUUCCCAGAUGGCCAAGAAGACGCUGUCCAACAUUAUUAAUGCCAAAAUUAUCAAGGUUACAUUCAGAGCAGAAGACGGCAAGCCAGUGGCCAUCUGCCAGGUGAAUGUGGAGCCAACGCCCCACGUUGUGGACCAGACUUUCCGACUUUACCACCCUGAACUUUGUUUCCUUAAAAAGGCCAUCCGCCUGCCGCCGUGGGAAGGCUCAACAGCCGAAGACCCAAAUUCCUGCUCUCAUAUUUCGGUGCACUGCAGUGACCCCAAUAUCAUCUGCCAGACGAGGAUGCUGGUUCCUGGACAGCCUCAGGAUGUGUACUUAAAAGUACCAGGGAGUCCCAGUCCACACAUAAAGAUGUUCUUUGUCAUGGUUUUCACUGAUAAGUGGAAGGCAGCGCCCUCUCAGAUCUGGCAGAUGUACGUGCAUUUUCUGGAGCGGGUGGACGUCAGAUGCGUGACCGGCCAGAGAACCUGUCAAUCACUGGUUCUGAGGGGAAAACAGGCUGUUCGCAAGAUCAAAUGUUUCUUGUCACACCCCAAAGAAAUUGAGGUGGACCCGCCCGGUGUGUUUGUUUUGCCUCCGGCCGCCGUGCAGGAGCUCCAGCUAAGAGUUCAGCCAUGGCAGGCUGGCAGCCGCUUCCUGUAUGUGAACGCUGUGGACGUGGAUCAGCAAAGGCUGGUCGCCGCCUGGCUCCUGUGUCUCAGUGUCCACCGUCCUGUACUGUCAAAGGCAUUCGAAGUGUCCGUCCCAGCUGGUAAUGGGCGUGGCAGCUCCAGAAAAAUCACUUACACCAACCCUUACACCAGCACACGGACAUUCCUGCUCCGCUCCGACCAUCCUGACCUGCUCCAGUUCAGAGAGGACAAGUUCCAGAUUGGCGGUGGAGAGAGUUACACGAUCGGAUUGCGAUUCGCUCCCACCCAGAGUUCGGGCUCGGCGGAGAUCCUGGUUUACGUCAAUAACUCGGAGGAGAAAACCGAGGAAACAUUCUGCGUCAAAGUCAACUAUUCUUGAGCAUCGGCCUGAAAAUGCUGCUUGUAGUUGAGUAAUGUUUUAUCCCUCGGUCUGGUUUUAUAAAACAUUUGUUGAUUAAUA